UACUACUACUACUACUACUACUACUACUAAAACUGUACGCUUUAAUCUACAAGAUACAAUCAUUUUAACUUAUAGCGCUGAUGAAUAUGAUAGAUCCUAUUACUACACAUCAUCAAUAAUAAAUGAUCAACCCUCCUCUACUAUGACUGCUGCUACUAUACCUCAUCAUAAACAAGUGUCACAACAACAAGUCACAAUAACAAGACCUUUAAUAAAGCCACUUGAUUUAUCUAUUAUAAAGCCAUCCAGGAGACCAAAAUUAACUAUUAAUACUCAUUCAUUAACACCCUUAUUUUUCACUCAAUUAUCUACUCACUAUACAUGUAAAAAUGAAGAAGAGGAGGAGAAUGGGUUUUUAAUUCCUGUUAUGUCUUAUUAAUAAAGUAGU